GGCGGCCAGGCUGGGAACCGUCCAGUGUAAAGUGCGAGGCUCGGUGUCCACCCCCACGGUAGCCGUCAGGAUGGUAGGAACGUUUAAGACGCCAAUCGGGAUCAAUCCAGGAGAGUGAGGCGGUUAAAGGCCUGCCCUCCGCCCAGCAUCGCUGUGCUUCGUGCCACAGGUGAAGCCUCGAAUCUGCCCGCGGCCGAUCCUCCGUCGACGACAAGGCACUUCUGACGGAUGUCAGCAUGCAAUCGGAUAUCUGGCUGGAAGUCACAUCUGCACGGCACCUUCGUGGUGUGCAGCCACCUGCAGCGAGUCAGGCAGCUUCAAUUGAGGUUGCGUGAGGCUCUGGACUCGAACAGUUUCAGGCCUAUUUAUUUGGCCGAGACUCCCACGCUCAUGGCUGGAGACGCGAGAUAACCCCAUUCUACCAUCCUCGUAUAAUCCACUUGCCCAGCCGUACGGCUACAUCCUUGGCUGCAUCCCGUCCUCUCCCCUCCAGAUGGACCAGUUCACCGGUACCGACUGGGCUGGACAUUGGUUUGAGCCUCCCCCGAUAUGGGGUGGCGCUGAUCACGGCGCUCUUACUGUGUCUCUCCUCUGGCCUUUGCACGGUGACGACGCGAUGCUCGUCGGCGAUGCCGCCCCGUUCGCCCAACCCCAGACCCAUGCACCGCCUCUUCCGGCGUCCGAGCCGGCUCCGACUGCUCCAUCCCCAAAGCCUCCACCGAGCUUGGAGGAAUGGAACCGGCACAGGUUCAGGAUCAAACGUCUCUACCUGGACCAGGACGAGCCCCUACGCAAAGUCAUUGUCGCCAUGGGCGAGGAAUUCGGCUUUCACGCCACUGCCAGCAUGUACAAGAAGCGGUUCAAGCAGUGGAGUUUCGUCAAGAACAACAGGGAGCGCGACGUGCGGUCCAUGAUGGCGCUCAAGAAGCAACGUCAAGAAGAAGGUAAGACGACUCAGUUCCUCAACAACGGACGGCCGGUAGUCAACAAACGAAUCGAAGCAUAUCUGCAGCGCAAGAAGCUGAAUCCGGCCACCUUCGCGAAGGACGCCGCGGCCUCUGGCUCCGAGGCUCUGGCCUGCUAUAUCAGCUGCCGCACGCCUUCCCCGGCCGCCUCGUUCUCCCCGGACUUCUAUCGGCAUUCUGAGCUGCUUCUCAGGGCCACCCGCGACUCCGCCCUUGCCCAAUUUGGUUCCGACAACAUGACCACCAAGAGAAUGGAAGAACUACGCCUGGCAGGCGUACCCCCUACGCUCGCCCCCACGGCUAUGACUUGCAGACGCAUGCUGAAUUCCAAGGACUUCCAGUCAGCCGGACGGGUUCUCCGCAAGCUCGGAAUAGAGCUGGAGAGCAGUGUCCGGGAUGGUGCAUUGGAAUUAGUUCAGGACCUGCUGCGCUUGACAGUGAUUCUGGGCUCGGGAUGGCUCAAGGCUACAAAAUCCCUCGUCAAACAGGCAGCCUGCCUCUCCAGGGAGUACGGCCGUUCUGCGACGCAGCCCCUCGGCCAUUUUCUCGCACAAUUGCAUGAGUGCGAGAUCGACUGUCUGGUUCCGACGGCGAUAUCGGCCUUGCUUUGCCAUAUCCACGAAACAUCCCUGAUAUUCGGCAAGGACAGCUACUUUGCAGUGCGGAGCUGGACCUCGACAGCCACGUAUCUGGGAUCCAGCGGCAAUUUGGCGUACACAUCGUUGAUCCAAAACGCCGAACGCGGCGUGCGGCAGUACGAAGCGCGCUUCGGGGAGUGCGACUGGAAGACUCUCGACUUCCUAGACGACGUCGCCGAACUCGAAUACGAGGAAGCCUUUGUGCUAGAGACUUCGAUGGACAAACCUCGGAGGCGAUUCGAGCUGCUCUUGAAACGGGCGGAACAGGGGGGGGACCAGGCCUUCUGGCAUCGGUUCUACGGUCAGUACAGUCUAGCUUGGAUACACCACAGCCAAGGUGCAGACGAGGUGGCCGAGCAAUACAUGAGGGGUGCGGUUGAGACGCUUCGCAACAAUGAUGUCACAGACAUCGAUAGCUUUGUCGACAGUUGCGUCGUUCUGGAGCAGUGGCUACUGGAUAGCGGCCAGCACGAGUCGGCGCGAGACGUCCGGGAAAUGUGGACGGCCGCUCUGCCGCCCGAUGAGGAAGCAGCCGUCGACGGGGCCCCACUUGUCGUAGCCCAGCUCGUCGGCCAGGCCGCAGAAGCCGCGAUCAGUGCAGCCGAAGACGCCGUUGUAGGCCAGGCAGCCGGCCGCGCUGGCGCGCGCCGCCGCGUAAACCCUGCUUGGUAAGCUUGUAUGUAGUCGUUGGUGGCGCCAUCACUCUAGACAGCUUGAUCUUGUCUGUUGACUUUCUUUACGUGUAUGGAAUUGGGGAACUCUCCGACGGUUUACUGAAGUCGUCCAUCUUUAGCGCUUCUUGUUGAGGCGGUCGGCCGUCUUCUUAUCUCGUCUGGAGAACAAAAUUGCCGUGAAACUCGGACGAGUUAUCAGUAGUAUGUACAUGUACAUACAAUGGGGCGCCAAAAGUAUUGCGCCACCCACUUACACGCACCCUCUUUCUUCAAACAAUCACAACAAUGUCAAUUCUAGGCCAAAAAUACACGCAAAAUGUGCCAAAAUGAUCGUAAUUUGAUGGUCAGACUCGGCCAUCCAAUAAACGUGCAGUGGGAUCAUUAAACGAAUUUUCUUGUAUUUCCGUUUAUCAUUAACGUUAU